GGCUGAGCGAGGCCAUACCCAGACCAUUCAGGAUACAGUGUACAAGGUGAACUCACUGGCAGGGUGCGCUACAGGGGAAGUUGAGCCACGAUAGCGGGCACCGAGUCAUCUGGCAUGACAGCGGGCACCGGUUCACCAAGCUCGACAGCGGGCACCGAGUCAUCUGGCACGACAGCGGGCACUGAGGCAUCUGGCACGACAGCAGGCACCGAGUCACCUGCACGACAGUGGGCACUGGUUCACCAGGCUCGACAGCGGGCACUAAGCCAUCUGGCAUGACAGCGGGCACCGGUUCACUAAGCUCAACAGCGGGCACCGAGUCAUCUGGCACGACAGCGGGCACCGAGUCAUCUGGCACGACAGCGGGCACUGAGUCAUCUGCAGAACAGCGGGCACCAAGGCAUCAGGCACGACAGCGGGCACCGAGUGAUCUGGCACGACAGCAGGCACCGAGUGAUCUGGCACGACAGCGGGCACCG